UACUAGCUUGGCAGCCAUGUUGAUCAUUGCCUGCUGUGAUUCACAAAAGUGGCAAUGAAAAUAAAGCAUGUAUGGACCCCCGAAUUGGCAAUUAAGAUCUCACAUUCAUAAGUAAUAUGCUAGAUAUAUCAUCUAUCAGAAAACAGCACAAGAAAUUAACGGUUGAACAGAAGUAAAAGCAGGAAGAUUAAACAAAGACAGCUUUACAGAACUCUCGCUAAGACUAUGUUUUAAGAUAAACCCUUGCUUACAAAUUGUGACAGACUAAAUUUGCAAAUGAUCUAAUCAGAAAAAGCCCAAUUGAAAUACAUUCAAUUUUAGUCAACACAUUUUUUCAUUGGUAGAGCCUGCCCCAAUAUCAUUGUCAAGAAAUGAGCAUGGGGCAGAAAGUGUCUGGUGGCAUAAAAACCGUGACAGCUCGAGAAUCGUCGUACAAGGCCCUGUAUAAAGGUGACAUGGUGUACAAUCCGGACUAUCAGAAGCCAAGCCGACUAGACAUGCUUCUUGACAUGCCGUCCCCGAAUAAGGAGUCACAAGUGAACCAUUCCUGGAACGCAGACGAUAGAUCAUUAAAUAUAUUUGUGAAAGAUGAUGAUAAGUUGACAUUUCACCGUCAUCCAGUUGCUCAAAGUACAGACUGCAUUCGGGGGAAAGUGGGUUAUACACGAGGACUACAUGUGUGGGAAAUCAUAUGGAGUACUAGGCAGCGCGGCACCCACGCUGUGGUGGGGGUAGCUACCAGUGACGCCCCCUUACAUUGUGUGGGUUAUCAGUCUCUUGUAGGCAGUAAUUGUGAAUCUUGGGGAUGGGAUCUGGGAAGAAAUAAACUUUACCAUGACGUUAAAAAUAAUCCUGGUGUGACAUAUCCUAGUCUGAAUUCGGACGAGAACUUUGUUGUCCCGGACAGUUUCUUGGUUGUAUUGGAUAUGGAUGAGGGCACACUCAGUUUUGUGGUGGACGGACAGUACCUAGGCGUGGCCUUCAGAGGACUGAAAGGGAGAAAACUCUAUCCAAUUGUCAGUGCGGUGUGGGGGCAUUGUGAAAUAACAAUGAAAUACAUAGGCGGGCUGGAUCCGGAGCCCCUGCCCUUGAUGGACAUCUGUCGGAGAAUCAUCAGGCAUCAACUGGGUAAAAAUAGACUACACGAAAUUCCUAGACUACCGUUACCAAACCCACUUAAAAGUUACUUACUCUACCAGUCUUAGUACAUCAUUGUGUAGUCUGUAUCAUACUCCAGUCUCCUGGCUCUUUCUAUUUCUUGAGGACCUGGUGCUUGGUGAUAAAAACAGAGUUAGUCCUCUAGGAGAGAAAACAAGUUCAAGAUGGAGGGGACAUAUUUGUGAAAAGGCAGUCCUCAAAAGACAGGUGUAUAUCUAAUUAAGUCAUUACUGUUUGAUCUCAUAGGGACUUCUGAUAUUUGUAAACAGUACACAAGUCAUUAGGAAUAUUGACAAAGAUAUAUUUAGAACCAAAUAAUUUUGCAGUAGGAAUAACUGGAAGAUAGAGUCAUUAUGUAUGUUCAUGAUGUAUAUGGGCUCUAAGAAUGAAGGGCUAAUGUUGAUGGAAUUAAUGUCGAACAAUUCUGUAAUGUUGUAAAUUCAGAUUUUUAAAAUUGUCUCUUGAGAUAUAAGUACUUUAUACUAUUUGUAAAUUGCAUUUCAUCAAUGACUGGGUUCUGUGAACCUGAGUCAGAGAUAGGACAGAUAAGAAUAUAUUCCACAUCAUUCAAAUUUCAAAGGGCCAUUACAAGAAGAGUAAUCUCCUCCUGACUGAAGGUUUGUGUGUGUGUGUGUGUGUGUUAAGAUUUUAUCAUGUGUGUUAAUAUUGUGUUAUAACAACAAGCAAGUGCAGGAACUGAUGAAAAAUUGUGCAAAUUUUGUCUCUUUAGUGUGUGUGAGAGGGUGUGUGUGUGAUUGUGAGGGUGUGCAUGUGAUUGUAUGUGUUUGUGAGCGAGUUCUGUUUUUAUCCCUGCCCUCUGUGUUGUAAGUCUAGUCAAUAGCGAUGUCUUACUUCCAUUUAUAGAUGUGGUAUCAAUCUGAGAGUGAGAGGAUUAUUUAUGUGAUUAAGAGAGCUUUCUGAGAAAGCACAUCGGUAGUAGCUGGUAAUCAAUUGUACAAGAAGGUCCUCUCUUUUUAUUAUUUUACCUCCAUUGAGAUAAAGUCUCAAGUAAGAUUUUCUGAUCACAUUUAGAUAUCUGUUUGUCUGUUACAUAUUUUUUAACAUGUUCUCCCCAAGGAACACUGGACUUUUUUUGUAGGG